AUGACCACUCCUCGCAUUCCUAUCGGCUACAGAUUUCGACCAACAGUUCAAGAAACUCUUAUCAAAUAUCUUAAACCUAAAAUUUCUGGUAAAAUAUUACCUGAGGCGGAUAAUCCAAUACGCGAAGUGAAUAUCUAUAGUUGUCAUCCUUCUGAGCUCUUUAAAGAUUUGGAAGACAACGAUGAAGAUGAAAUCGAACGCUACUUUUAUACCACGUUAAAGAAAGUUAACGAGAGUGGAAGAAACUACAAUCGAAAGAUUAAUAAAGUUGGUAAAUGGGACGGGGAGUAUCCAAAGAAGAUCCUUGACGUUCAUGGCCAAGUUAUAGGCUUUGAUAAAUAUUUCAAAUAUGUACCAAUAGAAAUACAAGAGAUUGAUAAGACAAUGGAAUGGAAGAUGCAUGAGUACUCUAUUAAACCAGAACUUUUACCGCAAGGUAUUGCUGAAGAAAAGAAGAAUUUGGUAGUAUGUCGAAUGGUGAUGACAAUGAAGGAGAAUAACCAAGCCAAAAACAAGACUAGAGUGAUUCGUUUGAGCAAAGCACAGCCUCUUUCUUGUAGUAACGCCGUCCCGAAUAUGAUGAUGAUAGUUACGUGA